GUUCCGGGAGCGCAGGUGCGGCUUCCGCGUCAAGAUGGCUGCCGCCUGUCGCUCUUCAGCUUGGCUCCCUCCCGGCCUCCUAUGCCGCCUGCCUGCCCCGGCCCAGCUGCUGCGCGUGGCCCUGUGCCUCCUGUGCUGGGCCCCGGCGACUGUCGACGCUGUCCCUGAGCUCGGGCUUUGGACGAGGACCGUCAAUGACAAAUCAGGACUUUUGAUAUUUAGGAAAACUAUGUUUAACUCUACUGAGAUCAAGUUUUCUGUGAAGUCGUUCAGUUGUUCCGGACCUGUGAAGUUUACCAUAGAGUGGCAUUUGAAGUAUCAUACCUGUCACAAUGAAUAUGCUUCGCUGGAGGAGGAUCUGUCCCAAAAACAUGGACUUAAUGCUGAUAUGGACGUCUGUGCUUAUUUCAAGAACACUGACUGUUGGACAACAAAAAGUGAAAACUUAGAUUGCAACAGUGAUUUACAGGCAUUUCCCUCAUUAAAUAAUAAAGAGCUAACAGGCAACAGAAAUGUUUCAAGCCAAGAAGGAUCAAUGGAUGUUGUAGCCAGGACCCAAAAAGAUGGCUUCCAUAUCUUCGUCGUUUCUAUUAAAACAGAAAAAACAGAUGCAGUCUGGGAUUUGAAUGUUUCUCUUUCUAUGGUGGGGCCUCAUGGAUACAUCUCUGCAUCAGACUGGCCUCUAAUGAUUUUCUACAUGGUGAUGUGUAUUGUUUACAUACUGUAUGGUGUCCUCUGGCUGAUGUGGUCCGCCUGUUACUGGAAAGAUAUAUUAAGAAUCCAGUUCUGGAUUGCAGCUGUUAUUUUCCUAGGAAUGCUUGAAAAAGCAGUUUUUUAUAGUGAAUACCAAAACAUCAAUAGCACUGGACUAUCAACCCAAGGUUUAUUGAUAUUUGCGGAACUGAUAUCUGCAGUUAAGAGGACAUUGGCUCGCCUGCUUGUGAUCAUUGUGAGCUUGGGUUAUGGCAUUGUGAAGCCUCGGUUAGGAACAGUUAUGCAUCGGGUGAUUGGACUGGGACUGCUUUACUUGAUCUUUGCAGCCAUUGAAGGCGUCAUGAGAGUCAUCAGGGGUUCUAAACAUUUAGCUGUUGUUUUGAGUGACAUUACUUUAGCAGUUAUUGACUCCAUUUUUGUGUGGUUCAUUUUUAUAAGUUUGGCACAGACUAUGAAGACUCUAAGGCUAAGAAAGAACACUGUGAAAUUUUCACUGUAUAGGCAUUUUACAAAUACACUCAUCUUUGCUGUGCUGGCUUCUAUAGUAUUUAUGGUGUGGACAACAAAGACCUUCAGGAUUGCAAAAUGCCAAUCAGACUGGAUGGAGCUCUGGGUUGAUGAUGCGUUUUGGAGCUUUCUCUUUUCACUCAUCCUGAUUGUGAUAAUGUUCUUAUGGAGGCCAUCAGCAAAUAAUCAGAGGUAUGCCUUCAUGCCUUUGAUAGAUGAUUCUGAUGAUGAAGUUGAGGAAUUCAUGGUAACAUCUGAAAAUUUAACUGAAGGAAUAAAACUAAGAGCCUCAAAAACAGUUUCAAACGGAACAGCUAAACCUACUUGUGAUAAUUUUGAUGAAGAUUUGAAGUGGGUGGAAGAAAAUAUUCCCUCUUCGUUCACAGAUGUAGCUCUCCCCGUCUUAGUGGACUCAGAUGAGGAAAUUAUGACCAGAUCUGAAAUAGCUGAAAAGAUGUUCUCUUCAGAAAAGAUAAUGUGACUGGGACCUGCAGUCGACGGCUUCGCUCUGUUUCAUUGUGUUGUCUUGGAGAUCUGUGUACGCAAAUGAAGAAUUCAGGAGUAGGAGGGUCUGCCACCCUCAUAAAGCCAUUUUUAAAACUGACCUGUAAAGUCAGUUUAAUUGCCAUUAAGUUGCCUGUAUUUGGAAGUAAUCUGAUAGUCUUAGCAGUGUGUACACAGAUAUGAGUUAGGUGACAGCUACCAGCAUUCAGAUUUGUGGUCUCAGUUUUCUCCAGAACAGAGAAUCUGUAGCUGGGUGUGGUUGUACAUGCCUGGCAGUUAAAAUCUCUGAAUUCAAGGCUAGCCUGGUCUACAUAGUUCAGGACAACCAGACAGAGCUACGUAGUGAGACCCUGUCUCAAAAAAACCCACACAAACAACAAAAGUAAAAAAGGAAAUGGGAAAGAAUCUAUGAACACUCCUUCCUUCUCCCCUUCUAGAUAACAUGAUUCUCCUGAAUGCUCCACAGCAGUGUUCAUCUUUUGUAGUGGUAAUUUUAUUCGAGUUUUUAUAUUGAAGUGACUUAAUAUUGGAACAUGAGCAUGUUCAUGUGUUUAAUCCUGUCCCCUCUGUUGGUGUACACAAAGCUGUUAUUUGUAAAUACCACCAUGCAUCAUGGAGUCUGAGCUCAGGGGAACACAAGUGCACAACGAGACACGUAUGUCCAAAGACUUGCAGGCCACAGGUACAUGUGCUGCUGCUAAUUCUGCUGUGACCCUGGCCAUGGGGCUCCCCUAAAGCACUUUCUUCCCAGCCCCUCGUGCACCAUUCCUUGUGAACCUUGUGGGUGCUUGCAGUGUCAGGUUGGUUACACAUUCGCGGUGUUUGCCAUUCCAUGAUAAAAACAUCUAACUAUACCAUGCAUCGACAUGUAAUUUACCAACCCUCAGCCAUACUUUACACCUUGCUUUGUUAAAUUAUGUUUAUAACCUAUGAUUGACAGUUCGUAUUCUAAUAUUUUUAAAUACAGAAUGUUGUAGACUUUAAAGGCACUUGAAUGUAGUGUGAUGAAAAUGUAAAUGAUUUACUACUUUCAUGACCAAAGAUACCAGGCUAACACCAUUUAGUAAUGAAAGGCAGUGUCUUAGGGCUUUCCUUUGGAGAACUCCUGGCUUUGUGAAUUAGAAUAACUUGGAAUAAUUGAGAAAAUGUGAAAAUCUGACCAGGAACACUUAACCAUAACCUGCAAUGAUUUUUCACAAAACAAACCUUUCUUUCAAAAGCCUACUUUCUGAGUUUUAUUUCCUGUGUACUCAUUUCAAAAGGGUUGGUAGAGAUAUAUUUCUGUAGUUGUAUGUCUUGAAAUGUGUUUUCAUAGUGAACACUGGGAAACUGUGCAGUGUUGGCAGACCUGGUGGAGAAAGGCUGACUCUCACAGACCCACUGCUUCCUGGAGCUUCCCAGGGUAGGAGUGGCCAAUUCAACCGCGGUGGUUCCACUCCUGCCAGUUUCCACCACGGUGAUGACUUCUAUGCUUCCCUGUGAACUUAGCCAUUUUGGCUUUGGCACAGUCCACUUUCUAACCAGUAGUUUGAGAAUAGGAGAUGCCCCUGGAGGGGUGGGGUUGCAGGGUGUCGCUGUAGCCCAGGCUGACUGAUGUUAGACUUGAGACUUUUGCUAAGAUUUUUCAAAUCUGUAUUUAAUACCCUGUCCUCACCGGAUGAGGCAGCUCACCCACACCCACAUUGCCUGCAGUUGAAUAUUUCUGCUUACUGCCAGGAGGAGCCACACAUUGUGCAUAGUGUGUGUGGGGAGUUGAUGGCCAGGGAAAUGCUUUUUAUACCGCUUCAGUAGUGUUUCUUUAAAAAAGAAAGAAAGAAAAGGAAAAAAAGAAAAAAACCAGGAAAGGUAAAGGAUGCUGCUCUGGCAUAGCUCCAGGCUGAAAUGAACACUUUCAUUUUAACAUCCCUAGAAAUGUUUUGGAAGGCUGUGUGUGGUGUCUGUUGCUUUUAGUGAUAAUUGUGCCAUGUGCUAAUGUGCAGUGACCUGAGUUGAGUAUUUCUUGGGGGAACCUUCUGAGCCCCAGCAUAUGUCCCUGAACAGUCAGUGUAGUUCAAAAAGACUGGGAGGUCAUUCAGGGCUGCCAUGUAGCCCCUCGAUCUCCCUCCCCAUCUGCCCUGAAUCUCCAGACAGCACUGGGAUGUUCCAGGUGCCCAGCUCCGGUUGUUCAGGAUGCUAUUGGUCGGACCUCCCAGUUAGUCGAGAGGUCUGAGGAUAAGGCUCCAGUUUAGUACUCAGACUUCUUGUUAUAGUUCAUGCUAGAUUUUGAUGAUUUAUGAAGUUUGCUUGAGACAUUUUUCAUAAUUUGAAUUAGGCUAAUAUUUAAAUAUGUGCCUUCAGGGGUAGUUAUUAUAUUUCAGUAAGAAACAAGAGAUGGAAACUGUCAGCUUGGGAGUUGAUAGGAUGCCCCCAUGCUUUUCCUGGAUUUUUUUUGUUUGUUUUUUGUAUUUUGGUUUUUUGUUUGUUUACUUGUUUUUAACUUUUUUCCUAUCCUGUGGAAAGUGUCACCUUUCUGUCUGGAUUAUGGUACAUCAUGUUUAGGCUACUAUAAUGUCAAGAUUAGGCUUAAAGUGUAUACACAGAGUUGAUUUGUAUACCCUUUUGAAGGAGGUUUGGGGCUAUUGACCUAGCUGUCUAUGACUGAAGCUGAGAGAGACCAUACUAGGUUUUGUCUCCUGUUCUGAUACUCGUGUCUGUGAUUGACAGCAUGCAGUAAGCAAUACAAAACACCAAGCCUUACAUCUAUCAGAGGAAGUUUAAUAUUCAAAAUUGUGAACAUAUAGAUGUCUAUAAGUGACAAAACUAGAUUUCUAAGGAAGUGUAUAUUAUAGGACAGGAACUUGCCACUGUAUUAAGCUUCUUUAGAACUAGGAAAACAUUCAUUCUUUGGGGGGCAAUGUUUAGAGGUUAAAAUAUAUUCUCUAUUUAAAAAGAUUAAAUUAUUAUUUGGGAGAAAUUUCUUUGAGUAUAGGACACAGCAAUUUAAAGGACUUUUGUUUGAAAAAAUUGUAUUUUUGUGCCUUAAUAUUUUUUUUAAUAAAUUGCUUUCUGACAUUUGGAGAUUGUUUUCUGAGAUUAUCUGUUAGUGCUACCUCAUGAAAAUCUGUAGGAAAUGCAGAUUCCAGGAGAAGGCAAGGCAUGGAAUUCUUUAAAAGGGAGGUACAGCUAAAAAUCAGAAAAAAAUGUUCAGCCUCGGUUGUGAUAGAGCAGAACAAAACAAGGAAAUACUUAAAUAAAGUUAACCUAAGUUUGUA